AUGUCCGCAGACGAAUUGAAAGCCCAAGGAAACGCAGCGUUUAGCGCAAAAGACUUCACGAAAGCUGUAGACCUCUUCACGCAAGCCAUCGCUCAAGACGCCAACAAUCACGUCCUCUACUCAAACAGGUCGGCUUCUUACGCAGGUCUUAAGCAAUACCAGAAGGCGCUAGACGAUGCCAGCACCACAAUAAGCAAGAAGUCUGAUUGGCCAAAAGGUUACGCUAGAAAGGGCGCUGCGCUGCAUGGAUUGCAGCAGUACAUGGAAUCAGUUGAGGCUUAUGAGCAGGGUUUGAAAGCAGCUCCGACAGAUUCUGGCUUGCAGAAGGGUUUGGCUGACGUCAAGGCUGCUGCUCAAUCCGACGACGACGGUCCAGGCAGAAUCGCUGAAAUGUUUAAAGAUCCUAACCUCAUUGGAAAAUUGGCACAAAACCCUAAAGUUGCCCCAAUGCUCGCUGAUCCUGCGUUCAUUGCUAAACUCAAGGCUAUCCAAUCGGGUGGUCAACCUUCACCAGACAUAUUCCAAGAUCCACGCAUGAUACAGGUUAUGGGCGCUUUGAUGGGUGUCGAUUUACAAGCAUUUGAACGUCCAGAGGGUAGUGAUCAACUUCCUGAAAACCUCCAGAAGGCAGACCCACCUAAGCCAGCAGCAGCCCCAGCUCCUUCUCCCUCACCCGCACCAGAGGCAAAGAUGCAAGAAGCAACUCAACCAGCUGAGUCUUCUACUUCUGACGAAAAGAAGGAGGCUCUCAAAGCCAAACAACAAGGUAAUGAGCUCUACAAAGCCCGCAAGUUCGAUGAAGCCAUUCAAGCAUACGAGAAGGCUUGGGAACUCGACAACUCGGACAUCUCAUACCUCACUAACCUUUCAGCUGUUUUCUUCGAGAAGGGAGAUCUUGAAAAGUGCCUAGAAGUUUGUGAAAAGGCUGUGGAAGAGGGUAGAUCGAUGCGAGCUGACUACAAGCUCGUCGCGAAGGCUCUCGGUCGUAUCGGUAGUGUGUACUACAAGAAGAAGGAUCUUGACGCGGCUGUGAACUACUUUAAUAAGUCGCUCACAGAACAUCGCUCAGCUGAUGUGCUCAACAAGCUCAGAGCCACUGAGAAGGAGAAGAAGGAUGCCGAAGUGGAGGCAUACAUCAACCCAGAAUUAUCAGAAAAGUCGCGCGACGAAGGGAACGUAGCUUUCAAGCGUGGAGAUUUUGCAGAGUCCGUCAAACUCUACUCCGAGGCAAUAAAGAGACUGCCAGACAACGCGCGUGCAUACACAAACAGAGCAACUGCGUACAACAAAUUAGCUGCCCUUCCUGAAGCCCUCAAGGAUGCCAACAAAGCUAUAGACAUCGACCCAUCGUUCGUCAGAGCGCAUAUUCGCAAAGCUAUGGUGUUGUUCGGCAUGAGAGACUACACGCAAGCAGCAGCAGCGCUCGACAAGGCCACUGCAAAUGAUAAGGAGGGAUCAAACGGCAAAGAGAUCAGAGAUUGGUCAGCCAAGAUAAACUCAGCACUGUAUAGCCAGCGUAGUGAGGAGUCAGAUGAACAGACACUCGAGCGAGCAAUGAGGGAUCCAGAAGUGGCUGCUAUCAUGGGUGACCCAGUUAUGCAGUCUAUUUUGCAACAGUCACAAACUGAUCCAGCUGUGCUGCAACACCAUAUGAAGUCAUCGUCUGCUAUUCAAGAAAAGGUGAUGAAGUUGAUCAACGCUGGUAUUAUAAAGACACGUUAA